AUGUCCAAUCUAACUGUUAACUCGAACUCUGACUUUAUAAGUUCUAUUGAAAUUGCCACUUCGGAAUAUUUUAAAAAUAUAGCACCUUCUUCAUGGUCAUAUGAAAGCUUUCUUGCAACCAUGAAACCUUACAUUCUGUUGGAAGAUGAAAGAGAACUUUCGGCCAUCUGGCGAAAAAGAUUUCUUAAUGCUCUAAGUGUGAUUAUCACCAAUUAUAAAGAAAAUGUUGAACCUAGUAAACAAGUUCAGCAGAUUGCAUCAUUGUUAACAAAUCAGGAAUAUCGUUCAAGAGAAAACAAGGCAAAAGUAGAAGAAAAACUUCGAUAUACACAGUUUAUCUUCAAAGAAAACUCUAAGAUAGACGCUUUAAAAAUAUUAAAAAGUGCAAGGACACAACAAACAGCCCAAUUGAGUGGUGAAAUUAAUCUUAAUAAACAGACAAUUAGUAACGAUGAUAUUGCAUUUAAUCCAUUGUUAAACAUUAAAUCAAUUGAAAAACCACAUUUGAAUGCUUUUGUACACCCAUGUCUAGAUGCUGCACUCUGGUACAUUGCUCGGAUAAAUUAUGAAUAUGGAGAAAUUCCUUCACAAAAUCAUGUAACUCGUAAUUUGGCAGAUGGUGUAGGUUACAUGACGAGCGCAGAUAAAUUUCAAUUAGUUUAUGUAGAAGGUGCAAGUCCCGUGGCAAAAGAGGACAAAGAAAUAGCAGAUGCAGAAAAAAUCGCGAAAAAUUUAAGGAAUAUGUUCAAUAACAUAAUAAAGAAUUCUUUUAAUAACAGGAAGUGUAUCCCAGAAAGUUUGAGAGUCUUUGGUGGUCAAAGCUUCAGAUUACAGAUAUAUCUCUUCUAUUUAGAUUUCCAUGACAAAUAUCACCUACAUGAAGUAGAAAAUGCAAACCUUCCAAGGGACUUUUCGGAGAUUGAGGAUUUUGUUCCUUUUUAUGAGUGCAUACUAAAAUGGGCGUUACUUGUGAAAGAAAUGACAGAGAAAUUCGAAAUUUCAAGAAAAAAUAAAAGACCAUCACGUAAUUCGUAUUCAAGAAAUAGUAUUAUUCACAACGAAAAGGACAAAAAAGAAUUUACACCUUAUUAA